AUGACGAAGAUCAACACCGCCCUCAACUCCAGCCGGAGAAAGAGCCGCAAGGCUCACUUCCAGGCCCCCUCCAGCGUGCGCCGUGUGAUCAUGAGUGCGCCGCUCUCCAAGGAACUCCGCGAGAAGCACAACGUCCGCGCAAUCCCCAUCCGCAAGGACGACGAGGUUGUCAUCAAGCGUGGCAGCAACAAGGGCCGCGAGGGCAAGAUCACCAGCGUCUACCGUCUCAAAUACAUCGUCCACAUCGAGCGUGUCGCCCGCGAGAAGUCCAACGGCCAAUCCGUCCCCAUUGGCAUCGCCCCAUCCAAGAUUGAGAUCACCAAGCUCAAGCUCGACAAGGACCGUGAGAAGAUUCUGGAGCGCAUCAGCCAGGGUCGGGAGUCGAACAAGAAGAAGAGGACGGCGGCAUAA